AAUAAACAUGCACAGAUGAAGUUGCGAACUACUUGCACAGAUUGUGUCAAAGUAGAUGUUCUGCACUACAGGCUCUAGAAUCCGCCCAUGAACUCUUUUCGUGUUCUCUCAUGCUGAGUUUUUACGGUGGUCUUACGGGGUGGGAAAAGAGAUUUUUAUGUGCUCGUAAAGAGUGAGGAAUCGCACUUGACAGCAUUCACAUUUGAAGAAAAGUAAAGAGCAACGAGAUGAAGCAAGAAGGUAUGGACUAGCCAAUAUCAGAAUAACCAUUUGCUUUUUCUGAACAUGAGGAAAUCAGAGACGUCUUAUCAAAAUCAUCGAACCUCAUGAUAAUCCCCAACAUGUAUACAAAAUUACCAACAUGAUCAUCCCUGGAACAUCGUCCAUCCAUCAACAUUAUACUAAACGAACAUUGAUCAACAGUAUAGAGUUUAGUCUUCAACAGUCUAUACCUAACAGAGAGUCUUCAACAUAUAGGUUUGCGAAAAAUGCCGCGUCGCUCGUCCGCCAGAGGUAGUAGUUCGCCACGUGCGGCUCCUGCACGUGCGCCUCCCGCUCCAGCGGCUCCUCCGCGACAGUUAAGGCUAGUUUGUCACUAUCCCAUGUGGAGUAUGCUGAGUGGAGUCCCCCUUGAUUUGAAGGGGAAACUAAGGGGGACGCACGGCAUAGCACUCAUGCAGAGAUAGUGAAAAACUAGCGUUAAAACAAGCGGCUCCGCCUCCGCCUGCACCCAUGCCUGCGGCUCCACCCGCACCGAUGCCAGCCGCUGGAGGCGGCAUGAUGUCUGGCUUAGCAGGAUCUAUGGCCAGUGGAAUGGCUGCGGGAGUUGGUAUUGAUAAGAGAUUCAAAUAGAAAUUAUAGGAGAUUGGCCUUUUGUCGCUACUGGCAUAGCUGCGGUACAACAAAUCAUAGGUGAACACCACCCACUACAAGUAAUUCUGGCAUAGGUUUACGUUCACAAUUAAAUUCUACGUAGCUAAGGUCGUCUUGUUCUGAAACAGAUUGCACUGGAUGUUAGUUGAGUUUCACCUUCUUCAGUGUCUAUCAAGACAAGAAAUUCACCUUCUUCUAGGUAUGUCCGUAGCGAACCGUGCAGUGGAUGCAAUGAUGGGUCCACGUCAGACUGAAGUGGUGCAUCGUCAUGAGGUACUUCUUUCUUUUGGAGAAAGCUUACUUCUACUUAGGUCUACUUUCUACAAAGAGUCCUAAAGGCGUACUAGACUCUUGAUCUUCUGGAAAAAAAACAAUCUAUCAGUCAUUGACGUACCAGACUCUUGAUUCAAUGCACUCCCAAUGUGGAAAAAGAACAAUCUAUCAUUCAUUGAAUCGGUUAAUCAAUCAAUCAAUCUAUCGUACCAAUGAAUUAACAGGAUGCUCCAGCUGCCGCGGCGCCGGCUGCUCCUGCCUCUGCUGUUGAUAAAUGUAUGAACGAAAGGGACUGGCUCAAGCAGUGCAUGGGUCAGGCAGGAGGUACCAAAAAGAUGUAUGCGUCUUCAAUGAUUUUUAGGAGUCAUACUAGAGCAUAGAAGAUGAUCUUUCACUGUCGAGGAAGAACUUUCAUUAUUCUGUUGUCGUUCAUUACUUUGACUUGCGUUGACGACCGAAUUAAUACUGAAAUGACAAAAUCUUCAGGUGAAGUAACGCAGUGCAACUAUUACGCGGAUUUGCUGAAACAGUGUCAAGCUACUGCGUGA